GCAAUCAGUGUACAUGCUGCAAUUUAAUUAACUCAAAUUAAUUGUUCCCAAGUGUAGCUAUAUACAUUUUUAAUUUAGUUCUCAAGUGAGUGUGAAACGAAACUGUUUAUCAGUUUCAGUUACUUUUUGUUUCCAAGACGGUUUUUUCUUUUCUCUCUCGCGAGAUCUGAGGAAAGUCACGGGCUGUCCAAAAUAACGGAAUUAUUGUGUCAGUUGGAGUUACGGCUUCGUGAAUGUCUGCAAAGUUGUGCUGGGCGACUUGUAAAUCCGUUUGCGUUUGGCAGUUGUGUGCACCAGGAUUUGCUGGAUCGGAAAACGAGUAGGAGGGGGCGAACAAAAAGUUGUCCAACCCGCGGAUUCGAACGUCAGGACGUCCCCGUGGAGAUCUGAGCUCGGCAGUCGGCUGCUCUUCUGGACUUCCUCUCCUCCUCCUCCUCCUCCCCCCCCACCCCUGGUAUGACCACAGUGGUAUUCUGUCGUGACCUCGGGAGGCCUUUUUCUAUCCUAAUUCGUUGAGAGCCAGCCGGGCGCUUCUUUCAUCAACUGUGAUGGAUUUUCGCCCCACUUUGUCCGACUUCGAGGGUCCGGCUAACUCCCGAACGAGAAACGAGCGCGAUCGCUUCGACACCUGCGCGUGUCCGACCGCGGCCGAGCUCAGCAAAGCCGUGUCGGUGUCCCUGGGCUUGGACCUCCUGUCUUCGCCCCUCAACGGCGCCGUCGGCGCAUUUGCCGACUGCGAGCCGGCGGCCGCGGCCCAGAGUUCCCGGCCGGUGGCGGAGUUCUGCGCGGCUCGGAACAUGAGCACCGACCCGAGAGGGGACGAGUUCGGAGAGGCGCGCCACGGAAUCCAGCAGGUGAGUUGCAUGGACCUGCUGCGGUCGGGCGAAGCCGACGGCGCACAGUCUGCGACCCGUGGCUCGGUGAUAUCCGCCUUCGCGAGCAAGGAGUCCAACUUGUUUGCAAACUCGGCCACGGAACCGCCCUCCCAAAUGGACCGUCUCGUGGCACUCCAACCCUACUCCACCUACUUGGGGAACCCGAGCUCGUACCGAGACAUCCCGGCGGCGUUACGCGCCAACGAGCGCUCGUACGGCGGCCGCGUCGAGCCGCCUGGUCUCGACUCGAGCGGACGCGGUUUGGAGUGUAAAUAUUGCAACUGUGGACAAGCUGUUGGCGGACGCGUGCAGGAAUGUCACUGUGUCUGGCACAUUAAGGGCGAACAGAGGAAAGAAGCCACGCGAGCCACGGCGACCGUGGCGCAAGGCUACGGCCAGGUGGAAAGUUACCAAAGUGAACAUUUGAACGGGCAGCUCACUCAUCCGUCAGUCAAGACCGAACCGCCCGCGUGGAUGGACUGCGCCGAGAGGGGCUUCAGGCCUGAAGACCUUUUUCCAGGUGUGUUCCUGUCAGACCGGCGGGUGUGUCAGGUGUGCGGGGACGAUGCCUCGGGUUGUCACUACGGCGCAGUCACCUGCGGCAGCUGCAAAGUGUUCUUCAAGAGGGCAGCCGCCGGUAAACAGAACCACCUGUGUGCCAGCCGGAAUGACUGCACCAUCGACAAGCUGAGGCGGAAAAACUGCGCCUCGUGUCGCUUGAAGCGGUGCUUCAUGUCGGGAAUGAGCCUGAAAGGUCGUCGGCUGAAGGGGGUUGGCCAGACAAGGAGCGGGGAAGAGGAGCAACCUCCGGCCGCCUGGGGCCACGGAGGAGGGGGGCAGAGGCCAGGGAUGAGCGACGUGAUCCUGGAGCGCGAAAGUGCAGUCGCUCGGGCUCAAGCAUCCCACAGCCUGGUUGUCAGCAUCCCUCCAACUCUCCGCACCCGCAUCUCGCUGCUCAACGUGCUCCAGGCCAUUGAGCCCGCUGUCGUGAACGCGGGCCAUGACCCUGCGCUCCCAGACAGCGCCGCCUCCCUCUUAACCAGCCUCAAUGAGCUCGGGGAGAGACAACUAGUCACAGUUGUCCGCUGGGCCAAGGCGAUACCAGGAUUCCGCACUUUACAUGUGGAUGAUCAGAUGACAGUCAUUCAGUUGUCCUGGAUGGGGGUGAUGGUUUUUGCUCUAGGUUGGCGGUCCUACACCCUAACCAACAGCUCCAUGCUCUACUUUGCUCCAGACCUUGUUUUUAACGACCAGCGGAUGCAGGUAUCCAGUAUGUACGAGCACUGUGUGCGAAUGAAGGUUCUUUCCCAGCGGUUCUGCAUGCUGAAGGUCACCCAAGAGGAGUUCCUGUGUAUGAAGGCCCUGGUCCUCUUCAGCAUCAUGCCAGUGGAAGGCCUGAAGAACCAGCGCUGCUUUGAUGAUCUGCGGACCUCCUACAUCAAGGAAUUGGACCGCUUGGCCAGCCACCGUGGGGAGGCCACCCGGACACAGAGGCUGUUUCAGCUCACGCAGCUGCUGGACUACCUCCAGUCGGUUGUGAGGAAAUUGCAUCAAUUCACUUAUGAGCUGUUCAUCGAAGCUCAGUCCCUGCAAACGCGCGUCAACUUCCCGGAGAUGAUCUCGGAGAUCGUCAGCGUCCACGUGCCGCGGAUCCUCUCGGGCAUGGUCAAGCCCAUCUUGUUCCAUAAUUCCGCCUAGAGAGGAGCCUCUUUGAAAUUCGUGCUAUAUCUCACUCGAGCUCCGACACGCCCUCCUUUUCAAGUGUUGUGGUAAAAAAAAUAUCAAGAACGGACACACCGGAGGAAAACUGGGAAUCGAGGUCCUUUUUCCUCUCCGAUGUGGUUUCAUACAAUCUCUGGUCGUCUUUUGUGCCUGUUCUACGUCGAGUGCAUCAAAUGUUUCUGUGACCUACCAUAGCAACACAAUCGUUCAUUUUAAUAAGGUACAUACGUUGGUAGUGAGAGUACUGUUUGCAGAGUUAACUCAUCUGUGUGCACUGCUUUAUACACUACCCCCCCACCCAUAUUGAAUGUUACUGUGUGCACCUGAUCUAACUAAAAAUUUAUGACCAACAUUUAUGGAUCGGCAAACACGCUGAGAGGCUCAAAGCUUUUUCAAACAUUUCUGAAAGCGAUGUUUUGCCCAUGCAUUUGUACAAUUUUGAUGGUUAAGAAAAAAAAAAGACUAAAAACAAAUGACGCCCACGACGACUACUAGUCGACAAGGUAUAUUUUACAGUUGGCUAGUUUUUGAAUGUAAUUGGACUUUUCCACCGUCGAGACUUUUCUAUAAGCGUUGCUUUCUUAAAGUGUUACCUUCUAAGUGCUUUGUUGUGAGUCACCAUGUAUCGUAGCUUCUAAUUGUGAUGUAGAGGUGCUGAAGCAUAAAGAUAAGAGUCAAGAAUCUGUUCGACUGUGACAACAUGUAAUAAAAAAAAACAGACUCA